CUAACUUCUUUCUAUAAACUGUAUUUCUUUCUUUGCAUCUCAUCAUAAUUUAUUUUCCAAUUAUUUUAGUGAAGACUAUAAAUUAUCGCUACUAAUUUCUGAAUAAAGAUAAAUAACUUAACCAAUAAAGGCAAUAAAAUUGAAAACUGAAAUAAAGAUAAACUUAGAAAGAUACACGGCAAAGUUUUAAGUAAUAUUGUGAAUUGGAGAUUCCAGUCAAAAUCAUCUUUAGUUAUAACAAUUUAAGCAUUGAAAAUGCGGUGUUUUGUGCCUUUUUGCAAGAAUACUUCCGAAAAUGUAUCAGAAAGGGGGCAGAGGAUUAGUUUUCAUAGUUUCCCCAGUGAAGUGUAUGCCCGUGGUGCUUGGCUCAGAGCCCUCGGCAAACAAGGCAGCCUCCUACCAGACUCGGCUGUGGUCUGCUCGCAGCAUUUUGUUAAUGAUGACAUUUAUGAAACAGAAGGUGGCUCAAGGGUAAUAGCCAAUGGUGCUAUUCCUUCAACAGUGCAGGUUUGCAUGGUAUGCCUAGACACUGACAGCAAGCUGUUUCUAAUGAGUAAACACAAAUUGCAAGAAGCUUAUGAAAAGUUAACUGGACAUCCUUUGUGUGAACUAGGAAACCUAAAACAAACAGUCUGUGUACAAUGCGCUCAGAGAUUGAUAAAUUUUAAUAGAUUUAGAGACAAGAGCUUGAGAGCCCGUGCACUGAUGAUGGAUUUAGUUGAAAAACAUGAAUUAAUCACAAGAGAACAUAUAAAUAGGAUAAACCGCAGACACAAACUAAAGAGUAAUAUAACGUUGACAACGCUAGGACCUGACCACUGUGACUUACACAUACUAGAAUACUCAGCAGAAAACAACCAGACAGACUCGGAGGAAACCGAACAGGAACUCCAAAUUGACGUGAAAACUGAGAAAAGUGAUGAUUCUGUAUCAAUUGUCGACGACACAGAAGUGAUACUAUAUGAAGAUGAUUUUGUUAUGGAUCCAUUAAAGUAUGAAGAUUCUCCCUUCCACUGCACACUUUGUUCUGAGGAGUUUGCCCAUGAACAAGCAUUCAUGCAACAUAUGUGCAUGCAUAUCCAGAAUGGUGACUGCGAUGGGGAUGACAUAUCACAAGAAUGCAAGCCUGAUACAGCCGCGGGUUCCAGCUCUUCAAACUCUUCACUCAUCACUGAGAACAAGCCGGCAGACCCCAGUCUUUCCACAGACGCUGAUCAGACCGAAGCUGAAGUCGCUGCCUUGUCGAUGAGUGUUGCGACAAAUGACGAGAACAAAGUUCACGCUACUGAAGAAGCCGAUACAAUCCUGAAAACUGAAAAAGUGUUUGAAAUGAGCAAUAGCGAAUUAGAAAACCAAUCAUCUGAAAGCACUUGUAAAAUUAAUAUGAACAUCAAUAGUUUCAAGAAUUGUGUAGUCAAGUUAUAUGAUAUUUUCUCAAAUCAGAAAGUUAUUCCACAUAAAACACGCAGGGCUGAUAUGGCUUGUGACAGUCAGAAUAUUGCGUCUAAAGAUUCCAGUUAUCAGGCAACAAAUCAGAAGGAAGUCCUUACGACAGAAUACAUUGUACCAGUCACUAGUAGUACUAGUCUGAAUGAUGUCAUUAAUAGAGACCAAUGUAUUAAUUCAUCGCAAAAUAGUUUGUGUACUGAGAAAAAUUCGUUCACUUGUGAUAUUUGUCGGAAAAAGUUUAUUAGAAAAAGUCUUUUAGUUAAUCACAUUAAGAUCCACACUGAAGUAAGAAAGUUCACUUGCGAGAUUUGCCAACACAAAUAUAAAUAUCAAUGUUCUUUGACAAGGCACAUGAGAGUUACUCACAUGGGUAUAAAGCCAUUCUCGUGUUCGUUAUGCAAGUACAAAAGUGCGGAAAAUAGCCAUCUAGUGGAGCACUUGAGAAUUCACACUGGUAUAAAACCAUUCUCGUGUACGUUAUGCGAUUACAAAUGUGCACAAAGUAGCAGUUUGAUGGUGCACUUACGAACUCACACUGGCAUAAAGCCAUUCUCGUGUUCGUUAUGCAAGUACAAAAGUGCGAGAAACUGCCAUCUAGUGGAGCACAUGAGAACUCACUCUGGUAUAAAACCAUUUUCUUGUACGUUAUGCGAUUACAAAUCUGCAACAAAUAGCCAGCUAGUGAACCACAUGAGAACUCACUCUGGAAUAAAACCAUUUUCUUGUACGUUAUGCGAUUACAAAUCUGCAACAAAUAGCCAGCUAGUGAACCACAUGAGAACUCACUCUGGUAUAAAACCAUUUUCCUGUACGUUAUGCGAUUACAAAUGUUCGAGUAAUAGCCAUCUAGUGAGGCAUAUGAGAACUCACACUGGUAUAAAGCCAUUCUCGUGUUCGUUAUGCAAGUACAAAAGUGCGGAAAAUAGCCAUCUAGUGGAGCACUUGAGAACUCACACUGGUAUAAAACCAUUCUCGUGUACGUUAUGCGAUUACAAAUGUGCACAAAGUAGCAGUUUGAUGGUGCACUUACGAACUCACACUGGCAUAAAGCCAUUCUCGUGUUCGUUAUGCAAGUACAAAAGUGCGACAAACGGCAAUCUAGUGGAGCACAUGAAAACUCACUCUGGUAUAAAACCAUUUUCUUGUACGUUAUGCGAUUACAAAUCUGCAACAAGUAGCCAUCUAGUGAGGCACAUGAGAACUCACUCUGGUAUAAAACCAUUCUCAUGUACGUUAUGCGAUUACAAAUGUAUACAAAGUGGCAGUUUAGUGAUACACAUGAGAACUCACACUGGCAUUAAACCAUUUUCGUGUUCGUUAUGCAAGUACAAAAGUGCGACAAAAGGCUAUCUAGUGAUACACAUGAGAACUCACACUGGCAUUAAACCAUUUUCGUGUUCGUUAUGCAAGUACAAAAGUGUGACAAAAGGUUAUCUAGUGAUACACAUGAGAACUCACACUGGCAUUAAACCAUUUUCAUGUUCGUUAUGCAAGUACAAAAGUGCGACAAAAGGCUGUCUAGUGGAGCACAUGAGAACUCACACUGGCAUUAAACCAUUUUCGUGUUCGUUAUGCAAGUACAAAAGUGCGACAAAAGGCUAUCUAGUGGAGCACAUGAGAACUCACACUGGCAUUAAACCAUUUUCGUGUUCGUUAUGCAAGUACAAAAGUGCGACAAAAGGCCGUCUAGUGGUGCACAUGAGAACUCACACUGGCAUUAAACCAUUUUCGUGUUCGUUAUGCAAGUACAAAAGUGCGAGAAACGGCCAUCUAGUGGAGCACAUGAGAACUCACUCUGGUAUAAAGCCAUUCUCGUGUUCGUUAUGCAAGUACAAAAGUGCGGUAAAUAGCCAUCUAGUGGAGCACUUGAGAACUCACACUGGUAUAAAACCAUUCUCGUGUACGUUAUGCGAUUACAAAAGUGCGAGAAACUCCCAUCUAGUGAAACACAUGAUAACUCACUCUGGUAAAAAACCAUUCUCGUGUACGUUAUGCGAUUACAAAUGUGCACAAAGUAGCAAUUUGAUGGUGCACUUACGAACUCACACUGGCAUUAAGCCAUUCUCGUGUUCGUUAUGCCAUUACAAAUGUUUGAGUAAUAGCCAUCUAGUGAGGCAUAUGAGAACUCACACUGGCGAAAGACCAUAUUCAUGCAAUUUAUGCAAUUAUAAAUGCACAAGAAAUGAUUAUUUAGCUAAGCAUAUGAGAACUCACACUGGCGAGAAACCAUCGUGUUCGUGAACCGCUCGCCUCACUCUGUCACCGGAGAAUGCUCAGGCGAUACACUCUACAACAGACAGUGUGCUUCGUGUAUACUGUAGAAAUGUAGACUGUAUGUGACAGUAGGCGAGCGUCUCAAGGAGGAGCUAUAUAUGUUGGAAAACGCUGGACUUUGUCUGUGUCGGUGUUA